CAGCACUAACAAAGAUACAGAGAGGAAGAAAAAGUAGGAAGUUGCGGUUGAGCGUUUUCAGUAAAAAUGUGGUUGGUAAAUGUAUUUACAUAUACCGGAUAACAAUAUCAUAUUUUAAGUGGAUAUUAGCUAUCUUCCUUGUUUAUGUGUGUAUGAUAUUUGCAUUAUCCCCUUGAAGAUACGGUUUUGUUGAUAUAAUUCAUAGCUACGACUAGCUUGGUGGUUGCACAUUGUGCUUAUCAGUUCCCAGCAGCAAGUAGCCGCUAGAUAGCAAGCUUGCUAGCAAUGAAGGACACUUUGGCCCUUCUACAGAAAUUCAACGCUCAUCCAGAUUCCCGCUGUUGGUAUGUUGCGUGGAACCCCAAGGGCACAUUGCUGGCCUCAUGUGGUGGUGACCGGGCCAUUCGGAUAUGGGGAAAGGAAGGUAAAUAUCACAAAUCCACUGUGUGAAAUGAACCUUAUCAGAAGUGUGAAAAUAACCUUAGCAGAAGCAUGUACCUGCAGAAACCAGAACAAAUUACCCCCUUUGAUUGUCUGUGUAGGUGACUCUUGGGAAUGCAAGACAGUGCUCCAGGAUGGACACCAGAGAACUGUCAGAAAGGUGGCAUGGUCCCCAUGUGGGAACUACCUGGCCUCAGCAAGCUUUGAUGCCACAACCUGCAUCUGGAAGAAGAAGAAUGAUGACUUUGAGGUGAGGGGACUGUGCUUCUCGACCACGGACAUCAUACCAAACGCUUUAAGAUGAUGAUAGUAAGAUAUGGCCCUUGAGAGCAUCACACUGUCUCUGUUUCUUUCAGUGCUUGACUGUGUUGGAAGGACAUGAGAAUGAGGUCAAAUGUGUGGCCUGGGCCCCAUCCGGUAACCUGCUGGCCACAUGUAGCAGAGACAAGAGCGUCUGGAUCUGGGAGGGUUAGUGCUGCAUUAACACAGGAAUAAAAUACAUUUGUAUCACAUUGCUUGUUUCACAAGUUAUUACUUGUGUUCCACAUAACAUUCAUCUGUUGUGUAUCUGUAUGUAGUUUUGAACAGUCUCUCACCAUCAUGUCUGUUUCUGUCUUUCUCAGUGGAUGAGGAGGAUGAGUAUGAGUGUGUGAGUGUGGUAAACUCUCAUACACAGGAUGUCAAGCAUGUUGUCUGGCACCCAACACAGGAGGUACUGCCUAUUUCAUAUGCUGUUUCACUCCUUGUACUAAAUGGCAACAUUAUAUAAUCCUUUCACACCCCAACGCUAUUGCAAGGCUUCUCUGGACUAAUUGUUUCAGUAUUCUGUACUCUGCAUUGUGUCUUUCCCCACUGAAGCUAAAUUAUGUUCUCUACGCAGCUCCUGGCCUCAUGUAGCUACGACAACAAUGUGUGUGUCUAUAAAGAAGAGGAUGAUGACUGGGAGUGCAGGGCAACCCUGGAGGGUCACACAGCCACUGUCUGGGGUUUGACCUUUGACCCAAGUGGCCAGAGACUGGCCUCCUGCAGUGAUGACCGUACUGUGAAGAUCUGGAAAGAAUGUCAGCCUGAAGGUGGGCAGGGUGAGCAAGAUGCUCCAUAGAUGCAGGAAUGUGUGGGGAAAAGGAAGGUAAGGAUAAACGGCCGAUUAUUAUUAUUUAUUUUUUACAGAAGGCACAGACGCGGCUUGGAAAUGUGUUUGCACCCUUUCAGGGUUUCAUGGACGGACAGUGUAUGAUAUUGCAUGGUGAGCAUCCUCCUCUUUAUAUAAAAAAUAUAUAUUAAUAAAAUGCAGCCACAGAUCCAAGUCAGUACUUAUGUUGUUCUCAGGUGUCCGUUGACUGGUGCCCUGGCGACUGCAUGUGGUGAUGACGGAGUGCGUGUGUUUAAGGAGGAUGAGACCGCUGACCCAGACCAGCCUGUUUUCUCCCUGUCUGCCCAUGUACCCAAGGCCCACACCCAGGAUGUCAACUGUAUUGCCUGGCACCCCAAGGAGGCUGGGCUCCUUGUCUCCUGCAGUGACAACGGGGAGAUAGCAGUAUGGAACUACCAGUCUGAGGUCUGAGAAAAUGUACAGUAUGCUGGGCCAGUUUGGACUUCCAGAUCCAGUGUUUAACAGUACUGAAUUUACCUUGUACAAUCAAGGGUGCUACCAGCACUGAAAUAGUCAUGUAUUUUGUUUAGAUCGUCUUUCUCUUGCAAUUUCCUGUUUUAAUUAAGUUAGUGGUUAUGAGUUUAACUGGAGGUUUCUUGGUCUCAUGUAAUACUGAUAAGACUCCUGCCUGUGCACUUGUUUUGUGCUU